AUGACGGACCACGAACUAUCAAUCUCCUCCUUCCGAGAUCUCUCGCCCCUCUAUACAGCCUACACCAUGGAAGACGAUGAAGAUGGCAAUCCAAUCUACAUGUACUCCUCCUUCGGCUUCUUCACUACAGAAUACGCUGCAUAUUUCGGGAAAUCAUCAUCGAAGCCAUCGACUCUAACUAUAGAAGAGCUAAAGGCAUGUCUUAAACCUCUACCAGACGACGAUGUCUAUCCAGAAUUACCAAUGUCCGGGAUCACCAUAUUCUCGGGACUUGUAGAUGAUCCCAAGCUCUUUCUGAAAGCACCGAAAGUACAUGAAGAUUUCAUCGGUACUGGUCUACUACCUAAGCUUAUGCUACAGGAAGCGGAGACAUUAGAGCUGCUAUUACGAACGCCCCAUCCGAAUAUCGCACGGUAUCACGGGUGCCUUGCGAAGCGUGGAAGAAUUGUCAGACUAGUCUUCGAUCGCUACGACAUGACACUCAAACAACGACUCGACAGGGAAGAAAUAUCUCGCCAUCUAAACAUUGACAACCUCAUGAAACAAAUCGAAUCUGCGCUCCACCAUCUCCAUAUCCUGGGCCUAGCGCAUAACGAUCUCAACCCCAUGAACAUAAUGAUCAACGACAGCAACGAGACGCUAUAUCUCAUUGAUUUUGGCUCUUGUCGUCCAUUUGGUGCCUCGCUGAUUACGGGAGGUACACCGGGAUGGUUUGAUGAGGAUUACUCCAUCUCAGCCAAGGAGAACGAUGAGAUUGCUCUUGAGAAGCUUAGGAGCUGGCUGUAUACAAUGAAGGAGCAGCAAAGUCUGGAAUAG